AUGAAUGUCAUCAUAUGGAACUGUAGGGGAGCUUUGAAGCCCACCUUCCUAGGUUAUGUCAGAGAGUUGAUUCGUAUCCAUAAUCCGGCUAUUCUAGUCCUGAUGGAAACUAAAGUUGGUGGUGAGCGGGCUAAAGAGAUCACUGAUCGCCUUCCUUUUGAUGGUGUGAUUCACACGGAUACUAUCAGAUAUGCAGGUGGGCUAUGGAUGCUUUGGACUUCUGAUAAAGUGGAGGUUAAACCGCUGUCAAGUACUGAACAAGAGAUCCAUGCCAUGGUUAAGGUAAUGAACUCUAACUUCAGUUGGUUAUUUACUGCAAUUUAUGCUAGUCCUAGGAGUGUCGAAAGGCAUAUUUUAUGGAAUAACUUAAAUAAAGUAGCUGAGCUUCAUGAUAUGCCUUGGGUUAUUGCGGGUGAUUUUAAUGAAACUCUUACAGCUGAGGAUAAGUUUGGGGGUAGGGCUGUUGGGGUAAAUAGCUCUCUUCGAUUCAAAGAGUGUUUGGAUAAUUGUAAUAUGAUUGAUAUUGGUUUUUCUGGGCCGCGCUUCACUUGGACUAAUAAAAGGGAAGUCCAAGCUCUCAUCCAACCUUGGAGACAGCCCCGCAGUCUAAGAGAAGCAACUGAGAUCUUUACCAAGGAGGCUAACUCGUGGAACAGGCGCCAUUUUGGUAACAUUUUUGUCAAGAAAAAGAAUAUCCUAGCAAGGUUGAAAGGCAUCCAGCGAGCAGUCUCCAUAAAGCCAUCAACCUUCCUCCUAAACCUUGAAAAAGAGUUGGUAAAGGAGUUUGAUACUAUUCUUCGCCAAGAGGAGGAAUUAGGGGCUCUUAAAUCCCGGGUUAAUUGGAUGAUUCAAGGGGAUAGAAACACCAAUUUCUAUCACGUUUCAACUUUGGUGAGAAGGAAAAUGAAUCAGAUUUUGGCUAUUAAAAAUUCUAUUGGGGAUUGGAUUUAUGAGGAGGAAGAAAUCAAGGAGUUCAUUAGGGUGGGAUUUAUGAAUACUUUCACUUCUUCUUUCACCAGUGUUCCUCGGUUAGCUUCUGUGCCUUCCCAAUGGCAAGCCAUGCUCUCGGAUGAGGAAAAGAUUAGCAUCAGUAGAGCAGUAACGGAAGAUGAAAUUAAGGCAGCCUUAUGGUCUUUGAAAACCUUUAAAGCCCCAGGCCCAGAUGGUCUUCAUGCGGGCUUUUUCCAAAGAUUCUGGCUCCUAUUGGGUAAAUCAGUUGUGGAUGAAGUGAAGAGGAUUUUUAAAGAGAGAAGAGUGUCGAAAUACCUGAACAAGACCCAUGUUGCUCUCAUCCCAAAAAUUCAAGGUCCGGAGACCUUAGGGAACUAUAGACCUAUAAGUCUAUGUAAUACAGUCUACAAGAUAGUCACAAAGAUCUUAGUGGCUAGAUUAAGACCUUGUUGA